AUGUCUACGGAAGAAGACCACAAGGCCCAGCUGGACGCCCAGUUCGACGCACAGCUUGGGUCACAGUUCGAAAAGCCUGGCGACUUGGUCGAGCGCAAUGAAGAUACCGGUGUCAUGCAGGUGGAAAGCUUGUGCAUGAACUGCCACAAGAAUGGUGUCACUAGACUCCUCCUUCUUCGCGUGCCUUUCUUCCACGAAAUCAUCCUCGAGUCGUUCGAAUGCGAGCACUGCCAUUGGAAAGACAACACAAUCAAGAGUGCUUCCCAAAUCCAGGAGAAGGGAGCCAAAUAUACCCUCGAUGUCGAGAACGAGACCGAUUUCCAGCGUCAAGUCAUCCGCAGCGACUUUUCCGUCUUCAAGGUCGAGUCUCUGGGCAUCGAGAUGCCCAAGGGUAGUAGCCAGAUGACCACGGUCGAGGGUGUCAUUCAGACGAUCCACGAGUCUCUUGCCGGCGAACAGGAUCUGCGCAAGGAACAGGCGCCCGAGCUCCACGAUGCUCUUGUCCCGAUCAUCGCCGGCCUCAAGAAGAUGCUGGAUCGCGAGGGAUUUCCCUUCCAGGUCUCCCUGGAUGACCCGACCGGUAACUCCUGGAUCGCGCCCACCACCACCGACUCCGGCAGCAAGUACAAGCGUCGUGACUACCCCCGUACCCACGAGCAGAACGAGGAGCUUGGAAUUUCCGGUGAUCCCGAUGCCGUCAAGAACGAGGGUGUCACGGAGCCCGAGGAUGCCGAGAUCGUCCCCGGACAGGUCUACAGUCUCCCUUCCGAGUGCCCUGGCUGCGCAAAGGACUGCUUUACGAAUAUGAAGCAGAUCGAAAUUCCGUACUUUAAGGAAGUGAUCGUCUGGGGCACGGCCUGUGAGCACUGCGGCUAUAAGAGCUCGGAGGUGAAGACAGGUGGCGAGGUGCCGGAGAAGGGCAAGCGCAUCACCCUCACCGUUGAGAAUGAGGUGGACCUUGCUCGCGACAUCCUGAAGUCUGAUACCUGUGCGCUUCACAGCGAAGAGCUUGAGGUUUCCGUGCAGCCGGGUACCCUGGGGGGACGGUUCACCACCGUUGAGGGUCUUCUGACCGAAAUCCGUGACCAGCUACGCGGCCAGAUCUUCGACGUUGACGACACGACCGGUAGCGGAGGUGACAGUAUGGCUUCCUCUGACAAGGAGAAGUGGGAGCGUUUCUUCGCGCGUCUCGACUCCGCCAUCAACGGCGAGUUGAAGUUCGUCAUCACCCUCGAGGAUCCCAUGGCCAACAGCUACGUCCAGGAUCUGUGUGCCCCGGCCAUUGAUCACCAGAUCAAGACCGAGGAGUACACCCGGACCGAGGAGGAGGAAGAGGAACUCGGCCUCAAGGACAUGAAGGUCGAGGGUUACGAGGAGGACGAGAAGAAGCCUGCUGAGGAGGCCGCCGAGCAGCAGUCAUGAUCUGUAUACCCAUAGACCUUGUCGUUGUCUUCGAUUGAUGACGUUGUCUCUUUUACGAUGUGCAUGAUCUUUUCUUGGCCAUUCCUAGAUGCAUUGCGGUGAUGCUUUGGCCGAACAUACUUGUUUUUUCUCUCUUCUUCAUCUUUGGUUUUCGCUUUUAGAUAUCCGGUGCAAGUGGGCAUUGUCUGUCAUACGGUGUGUUGAUGUGGGGUCGCAUUCAAGGAUCCUUAGAAAAGUUUCAAGGGCGGUGAUGUAUUCCUCUGGAAUGGGUGUCAAUAGAGAACAC